AUGGUACGGCUGUGUCACCAGGAGCAACAUGAGAGGGGACAGCUUGAACAAAUUGGGUUGCGUGGCCAUGGCGUAAGCGAAAUAUUAAACAGAAUUCGCGACGUGUAUCGACAGAACAUGGUUCGCGAUGUUGUCCCCAACGCGAUUAGAUGCUUGUUGGACCAGCGCCAAGCACUGAAGGUAAAGCAUGAAGAGUUGGGGAUGCCGUCAGCAAGUGGUGAACUGACUGACGCGGCUAUUCAGGUUUUGUCUACCACAGUGCGCGACCGACUGUUCGAUUUGUCGGACAGCUUUCAUGAAGAGGCGAAGCGGCUGCAAUCAGCUCAGAUGGAACUCCUCCAAGGAAAUCUGAUGGAGCUCAUGCAGAAGCUGAGCUUAGCGACAGGGGACCAAUUUGACGACAGCGUGCUCAGUCUGUGUAAGAAGAGUGUAGACCAUCUGUCGACUGAGUUGGACACAUGCUUGGACGUCUUGCUGGGCGACAACGAACAGCCUCUGAGGUUGCAGCGGUUUCCAUCCAUAUUACGCGAUAUGAAAGAACUACUGAAACUUACGGUCGAGUCUUCAGACGAGUUGCCUCGGUACAUCGUGCUCUUCCGCUCUGGAGUUUCCCCGUUGUGCAGUGGCAGCAAUGUGUCUCCGUAUUCAGUUCUUUCUCGUGAAGGUCUCACGCAGCUGGCAAAACACCUAGCACAUCUGACGCACGGCAGCCCGCUUCCCACUGCGCACUCCCGUGGCGAUGACGUAACGAAAGUUGUGCGUCCUGAGUUGUUGGUGGAGACUUGCUACGCCUACCGCUCUGACCUCGAUGAGCAGCUCGCCCAACUUGAGGAUGCCAUGCGCGCCAUGGAGAAAGUGUCGCUAGUAAGUGUCGGCGACAUGUACUCAGCUGUAGGAUUCGACACCCAUGAGCAGAAGGUAAGUGACGUCUAUCACUUGGAGAUGACGCGGGUAUCCAGCACUUGGACCGACCACUUGGGGACCAAUGCUUUCUACGCAGAGGUCAUCAACACCAAGUGGGCCAAGUACUUCACGCUGGAGCUGCCAUGUCGGCACGACAGGACCUACCGCGUCGAGGAGGGGCAGGGUCGACACUUCCUCAGGUUUGCCGAGGGGCAAAGUGCGGACGGGCAAAGAGCGGACCAGCAAGAGAAGCGCAGAGCUCGUGACGAGGAGUACCUGGACAGGGAGAAGCAGCUCAGGCGGCAGGCCGUGGACCACGCCUGGAAGAAAUUCGUGCGGGCCUGGUAA